GUUAUUUUAAUCUCCCUCUCUUUUAUGUAUGCUUUGUGUUCGCCUCUUUUGUCAUACAUGCCUAAUUCAUAUACAUAGCACACCUGUGAAAUGUCAUCAAGCCUCUUGGAUAGCAGGUCCCACUUGUAGUCAUGCAAUUAAUUAAAUUAGUUGGUUAAUGAACAGCUGUAGUCUGUCAGGAAAGAAGGCGAACAUCAUUAAAAAAAAAGUUGCAGUUAGUGUUUAAAAUAAUAAUUAUAUUUUAGCCUGUGUUUUUUAUUAGGAGUGUUAUUUAAAUCUGUGGUUUACUGGACAAAAUCUUAGAUGCGCUUAAUUUUCCGUUAGUACGGUAAUGAUGUUUGUUGCUGCUCCUCAGCCGAUAUGACAUAUGCUCCUAGUAACCAGUAGCUUCAGUACCGCUCAGCCCGUCAAAGCAGAAAGUCAACCCUGGUCAUGGUUCUGCAGCCGGGAUGAUGGCAUCGUAUGAAGACGAACCGAUGGAAACAUCACCCCGGGAACUCACACAAAAUCCUUUGAGGAAGAUAUGGAUGCCGUACAAAAACGGCCUGCCUGAAAAGCACAUACCACAGAGAAAGGUAUGUAUGACCAACUGUCCUACCCUUAUUGUGAUGGUGGGCUUGCCAGCCCGGGGUAAGACCUACAUCUCAAAGAAGCUUACUCGCUAUCUCAACUGGAUCGGUGUUCCCACCAAAGAGUUUAAUGUGGGGCAGUAUCGCAGAGAGUGCUUGAAGAUUUACAAAAACUUUGAGUUUUUCCGUCCAGACAAUGAGGAGGGCCUGACGAUUAGGAGGCAGUGUGCACUGACCGCGCUCAAUGAUGUUCGGGAGUACCUGGGGGUGGAGGGAGGUCAAGUGGCGGUGUUUGAUGCCACUAAUACGACACGGGAGAGGAGGAACACAAUAAUGAAAUUUGCAGAGCAGAAUGAGUAUAAGGUGUUUUUUGUUGAGUCAGUAUGUGAAGACCCUAACAUCAUUGCAGAGAACAUUGUGCAAGUGAAGCUGGGUAGUCCUGACUACAUUGACUGCAACACAGAAGAAGCCAUUGAGGACUUCAUGAAGAGGAUCAAAUGCUAUGAAAACUCCUACCAGUCACUGGAUGAGGUUUUGGACAGGGCCUUGUCCUACAUUAAGAUUAUGGAUGUGGGUCGGCGGUACCUGGUGAACCGGGUGCAGGACCACAUCCAGAGCCGCAUUGUGUACUACCUGAUGAACAUCCACAUCACGCCACGCUCCAUCUACCUGUGUCGGCACGGGGAGAGCGACCUCAACAUGAAGGGCCGCAUCGGGGGAGACUCAGGGCUGUCCUCCCGAGGGAAAGAGUUUGCACAGUGUCUGAACCACUUCAUCCAGGAGCAGAACAUCAAAGACCUGAAGGUGUGGACCAGUCAGAUGAAGAGGACCAUCCAGACCGCAGAAGCCCUGAGCAUGCCCUAUGAACAGUGGAAGGCCCUCAACGAGAUCGAUGCUGGAGUGUGUGAGGACAUGACUUACGAGGAGAUUCAGGACCACUAUCCUCAGGAGUUCGCCCUGCGAGACCAGGACAAGUACCGCUACCGCUACCCUAAAGGAGAGUCUUAUGAGGACCUGGUCCAGCGUCUGGAGCCAGUGAUCAUGGAACUGGAGCGGCAGGAGAAUGUUCUGGUAGUCUGUCACCAGGCUGUCAUGCGCUGCCUCCUGGCUUACUUCCUGGACAAGAGUGCAGAUGAGCUUCCUUAUCUGAAGUGUCCUCUGCACUCAGUGCUGAAGCUUACUCCAGUGGCUUAUGGCUGUAAAGUGGAGUCCAUCUUUCUGAACGUGGAGGCAGUGAACACCCACAGGGAUAAGCCAGAGAAUGUAAAUAUCUCCCGCCUGGCAAAGGAAGCCUUGUUCACAGUCCCCGCCCAUCAGUGAAACUGAGCACGUGCAGGGUGCCGAUUUUGUCCCCAUGGCAACACUCCAUAAAGGGCUGAUGUUUUGACUCAGUCAGUUCAUUUUUUUUUUCUUCUGUCAUCCUGUCUUAAGCUCUCUAGUUUGGGAACAUAAGAGUAGUUAUGUACAACUCAAAGCUUAUUUUUAUUACAAUUUUUUUUCUUUUCUAUGUAGGUUGUAACAUUCCGUUCUUCUCCUUGCAGUGUCAGGAUAGAUGACUGGAAUCCAGUUAAAUCAGUGGCAAUUAACCCAGCUAAUGGGGUGUGUGUGAGAGUGUGUGUGUGUGUGUGUGUGUGUGUGUGUGUGUGUGUGUGUGUAAACAUUAAGCGUUCCUCUGCGAUUCAAGCUUGACAAAAACUGUGAAUGUGAAGCGUACGCAUUAACUUUUCUUUUCUACAUGACUUUUGUAAAGUAGAUACACAAUUGAUUCUUCUUAUACAGUCAUGUUUGACUCUUCCUGGGUUACUUUGCAUAUUUUUGUGAGCAUCCAUGUCUUUAGUUUGUGGUCGAGAUUUCAGUCAGUACAAUCUGUGCAUGGAGUUAAUACAUUUCAAAUCUGCGACUUCACAUUCUUAAUGUUAGUGCAAACUGAAAGAGAAAAGCCAAAAAAGAAAACAAACGUUUACAAGCAGAUCAAGGUAGAGCACUCAGCUGUGCUACUAGACCAAGCUGGAAAAUCAUAUUUUGUUUCACGGAAUCUGCACAUUUACGUUUUUACACUUUUUAUUUUCAUUUAUAUUCAUUGCUGCCAUUGCACACUAGAAUUAAGUUGAUUUGUGUAAAUGUUUAUAGUUCUCUUUGUACCUCCAUACAGUAGUUGUAUACAAGUGAAGAAAGAGAGCAUUUAGGUUUUUUCCCGCUUUUCCCAGACGGACUGGUACUUUAAAAUGGCAAUAAAAAGUGCAACAUCGCCGCCUCGUUCAUGUUUGUGUUCCCUCUAACCUCCUCCUCGGCUUCUCUGACCAGAGACAGCGGAACCACCGACGUGAUUAUCCUCCUUGUAGCUGACACGCACAAAUGUCUAUCAGUCCAUUAAGGCGUCGUUGUGUUGAUAAAUGCAUGUACUGUAACAUUGGUGGACUAUUAUGCUGUGUUGAUCAUGAUCACUGCAGGUCAAUAAAAUAAACAACCAUUUUCCUAUAAAAA